AUGUCCAUCUACUCUGAGCCCCCGGCGCUGCGAGACUUUUCCGAGGACAAGCCCACGCUGCUUGUCUGCUGGUGGGCCACAAUCUUCUGCGCCAUUAUGAUCCUGUUUCGCAUCGCCGGCCGUUUUAUCCGAACCGAAAGGCUCUUCGCCGAAGACAAGUUCGCCGCCGUCGCCCUCAUUCCCUUGUUUCUGCGUAUGGGAUGCAUCCACUUUAUCCUCGUCAACGGCACUAACAACGCCGACUUCACCGGAGUCACUCUUACCCCCGAAGAGCUGCACAAAAAAUCCGUAGCUAGCGGCCUCGUUCUCCUCAGCCGCAUACUCUAUGCCGCAACACUAUGGAUCCUCAAGGGCACUGUUCUCGAGUUUCUCAGGCGAAUCACCGACCUGUCAUGGCAACAAUCACAAAAGUACACGCUAAUCGCCAUUCGAUGGGCCCUGGGCCUCACCUUCAUUGCCGUUGUCAUUAGCGAUCUCGUCGAGUGCAAUCCCUUCAGGCAUUACUGGCAAGUCUUGCCCGACCCCGGCGGUCAGUGUCGCCAGGGCUAUGUCCAGCUUAUCACCAUGGCCACCUGCAAUAUCCUAACCGACCUGAUGCUCGUCAUCUUCCCCAUUCCCAUCAUCGUCCAGAGCCACAUGCCGCUUCGCAGAAAGAUCCAGCUCCUCAUUCUCUUCUCCCUCAACUUGUCUGUCGUGGCGGUAACCCUCUACAGGGUUCCCCGUAUCAUCGAUGUCAACGGCCGACAGCAGUACCGAUCGCUCUUGGCGUCAGUCGAGUUGAUUUUUGCCACGGCGUCGGCAAAUGCGCUUGUUCUGGGCUCAUUCGUCCGAGACAGAGGUGUCAAGAAGCAGAAGCCCAGGCGAUCGUCAACCGCUGCCGAGUCAUUCGAACGCUCCAACACCAUCCGACGGCCAACCAUGCACAGGCAGUGGGGUAGCGAUGAAGACUUGGUAAGGGAUGUUGGCCUGGCCGUUGAGCCUGAGCUCCGAGAGCAACCAGACAGCCCGUCGUCCGAUCUUUACGCGCCUAUCCAGCCGAUGAGUUCUAUCGGCCGUGACCCCCAACGGCAGUGGGAGCAGCAGCAACGAGAAGAGGGUGCUCAAGAUAGCGCCCAGGAGAGUGCACAGGCGAGCCAGGACUUGUUAAUCUACAAGACUGAAUCUCAGCACGAGUCCAGAAAAAUGUCACUGUUUGAUGUCGGCGGUCUUCUCGAAGACGGAGCCGGCACAAGCAGCGGGAGUUUCCGAAGAGGGAGCAGCUUUACCUCGUCCUCCCAAGAAGCAAGCUCCUCUCAAGCCCCUCCAGCAUCCCGAAAAGCUAGCACGAACGGCGUUCGCCGUGGCUCAACAGCUCUGUUGCAGGAUCUGGGCGGUCUUCUAGGCCCCUUGAACUCAAAGUCGUCGGUGCGUUCCAAACACAGAACUGGCACCGAACUGCAACCCAUCCCGCAGUCUCAUCAGGAGCAUCAUGCAUCCCGAAGCGAAGCGUCAGAUCUCGUACUCAUGGACCCUGGUGGCCUGUUACGAUCAUGA